UAUCAGCAGACGUCCUAAUGAAAACUAUAAUUCUAGUUUUUACUUCUAUCUGUUUUUUUCUUUUAUGCAUGUUUUUUCAUCUCUUUAGGGGUUGGCUAAGCUUAUCGUCUUGUUUUAUAUGCAAUUUUUGAAGAAGCUGCCAAAGGUGUUCAAUCUAGAGAGUUACUUGUAUACAAGUACCAGAGCCAAUUUUUCAGUAAAGCAUCACCAAUUAGUGACGGAAAGAGAAGGAAGAAGAAGACUAGAAGAAUUGAGCUCAAGAGAAACAAUGGGAUUGAAAGCAUAUACUUGCGGGCACCUUUGCAAGAGGUUCAGGCCACACCUGCUCAUGUUUUUUGCACAGGUUGGCUACACUUUUCUUUACCUCAUAACUGAAGCUUCCUUCAAUCGUGGGAUGAAUCCUCAUGUCUACAUAACUUAUCGACAUGUUGUUGCUAGUGUGGUGAUGUUACCUAUAGCCUAUUUUGCUGAAAGAAAACAAAGGCCCAAGAUGACAUUAGCUCUUUUCGUGGAGAUAUUCAUUCUCUCUCUCCUGGGGGUGAGUUUGACUCUCAACAUGUACUACGCAAGCUUGAGAUACACCUCCCCAACUUUUGUUGCUUCAGUUGUUAACACCAUAGCUGCCUUAGCUUUUGUAAUCGCAAUUGCAUUAAGGUUGGAGAGCCUUGAUCUUCGAAAUCCUCGAGGGUUAGCAAAACUUCUCGGCACUUUAGUUUCCUUAGCAGGUGUAAUGACUAUGACAUUAUAUAAGGGUCCUAAAAUGAAAAAUCUUUCAGUUACUCCUAUACAUAUUGAAGGAAAUACUGCCAGCAACCACGAAAACUGGCUGAAGGGUUCAAUUCUCACUGUUGCCAGCUGCAUAACAUGGUCUGUCUGGUACAUUAUGCAGGCAGUUACCCUGAAAAGGUAUCCUGCUCAACUGUCGCUGACUGCAUGGAUGAGUAUUGUUGGGGCAGCACAGUCGGCUUUCUUCACAGUGAUUGUAGAACAUAGAAAGGCUGCUUGGACUAUUGGAUUCAAUGUUGAUUUCUGGUCAAUUUUAUAUGGUGGAGUGGUAAUGUCUGGUGCCGUAGUUUUCAUUCAGCUGUGGUGCACAGAAGUGAAAGGGCCAGUUUUUGUGACCAUGUUCAAUCCAGUUUCAACAAUAUUAGUUGCAGUGAUUGCGUACUUUGUUCUUGGUGAAAAACUAUACCUGGGCAGCAUAGUAGGUGCUGUUGUAGUGAUCUUCGGCUUAUAUUUGCUUUUAUGGGGCAAAGAAGGUGAUCAACCAGUUCAAAGCAAAUCAGAAGAUCAGUUUGACUCAAGCUGUGAUGAGCAAAAGGACAACAUCAGACACAUUGCUGGUUCAGUUGAAACCAAAGUAACACCAGGCGAACCUUGAUGUCCAAAGUCAUUAACACAAUAAAAGGAUCAAUACACCUCUGAGAUAUAAGAAUACAGUUUUAACGAAGUUAAAUCCCGACAAGUUAAGAUCUUUCCAAGUUUGUCUUCAGAUGGCAGCAGUCAAAAAUCUAGCAUGCAAACUCUUAGCUUGAAGAAAUUCCAUUUUAUACAGAGGAAAUUCUUCAAGAUCAAUCAUCAACAACAGAUAUUGUAUAAUUCAUUUGAGCAAAUAAUUGCCAACUAAUACACUUCUUGUCAUUCUCCAA